AUGCCCUCGCCUCCGAGUCUCGUUGAGAUCAGUUUCGAGACGGUCCUGGUCAAUAUCCAGAGGAUCCCGAGCGAAGCGCUCGUCGGGCUGCCCGAAGACUUCAUCCUCGCCUUGUUCGAAGGCAUCUUGGCCCGGGGCAUGCUGAAUGAAGCGAUAUUCGACACAUUCGAGGAGGUCGCGCAACGAGGAGGCAAUGGACGUCUGGAAGAGAGGAUCAGAGAGUUGAACAUCAGGCGUCUGCCUCCUCUACCGAAGAGUACGCGUGAGUGGCUGAGGCACUGA